AUGGCGGACCGUUUUCCUUCCCUCGAUGAGUUCUCUGCUGGCCAGACCGAACCCGUCGAGACCAACGGAGCCGAUGCCGAUGAUUUCCUUGCCCGUGAACGCGCUAUUCUCGGAGAAGACGCAGAGCAAUUUGCUACCGCUCAAGACCACGUUGCUGAAGGACAUGAAGCCGGUGACGACUUGCUGGGCGAGUCCGCCCCGGCCGCUAGCGCUGCCCCGGAAGAGAUCUCAGGAUUCGAGUCGUCUUUCCCCGCCAUAGAGACACAGAACGAGCAAGUUGCACCUGGUGGUACUAUCACUGGAACCGGUGCGCCUUUCCCGCCAACUGGCUAUUCCACCUAUCAAGCUCCGGAGGAGGAGGGCGAACCCGUCAAAGAGUGGCGUGAGAGACGAGACGCAGACGUUGCCCGCCGUGCCGAGAUCUCGAACGAGAAGAAGGAAGCGAACGUCAAGAAGGCUCGUGAAGACAUCGACGAUUUCUAUGUUUCGUACAACAAUAAGGCCGACAAGCUCCGCGCCCAGACCCACGCUGACGCCGAACAAUUCCUCUCCAACCGUGAGGACACCUCCGCAGGCGGCACCAGCUGGGAGCGCAUUGCCAAGUUGGUCGACGUUUCCGGCAAAGGCACUCGGGGUGGUGCUAGCGGCUCUGGUAAGGAGCGGUUCCGUGAAUUGCUGCUUGAUCUGAGAAAGGACCAGAGUGCGCCGGGUGUUAGUGGAGUUUAG